AUGACUUCAUCACCAGGAGAAUUUGAUGAUGCGGGUGUUCGUCAACGAAGGACUUUUGAGUUAGAAGAGAACAAGACUCAAGAGGCUUUAACGACGUUUACAGAUUUGAAAAGCUGUCUUUAUGCAUUCAAAGACUUGGGAAACUCCAAAUCUCACGACUAUAUCGAGUGUGACUGCUACGAGGAUCGUCACGAUGGAGUAAAUAGAGCUUGUGGCGAAGACUCUGAUUGUAUCAACAGGCUGACCUUGAUUGAAUGUGUAAAUGACUUGUGUGGAUCUUGCGGCCACGAUUGUCAAAACCAACGGUUUCAGAGACGACAGUAUGCAGAGAUCUCUAUAUUUCGAACGGAGAAAAAGGGCUACGGAGUGAGAGCGGACCGCGAAAUAGCGGCCAACGAGUUUAUCUACGAGUACACCGGAGAAGUGAUCACUGAAGAUCAGUUUCGAGACCGAAUGGCAGACUACGAUCGCCAAAAAUUGAAGCAUUUUUACUUCAUGAUGCUGCAAGCUGGAGAGUUCAUAGACGCCACAAUGAAGGGCUCUCUCGCCAGGUUUUGCAACCACUCCUGCAACCCCAACGCAUAUGUUAAUAAAUGGGAUGUUGCAGGAAAGCUACGAAUGGGCAUUUUUGCGCAUCGUGACAUUGCCAAAGGUGAGGAAAUCACCUUCGACUACAAUGUGGAUCGUUAUGGAGCUACGGCCCAGCCGUGUUACUGCGAUGAGCCAAACUGUAUCGGGUUUUUGGGUGGAAAAACCCAGACAGAUGCGGCAUCCUUGCUCCCUCAAAAUUACGCAGAUGCGUUGGGAGUGGUGCCGGCAGUUGAGAAAAAAUGGAUCAAGUUGAUGAAAGCUAAUGGAGAGAAAAUAGUCAAAAGCGAGGUCAAUAAUGUCAACGUUGAGUUUGUUCGGUCUCUAGAAUUAAGCCCUUGCGAGAGGCUCGAUGAAGUAUCCAAGGUUAUGAGUGUUUUGCUGCAGGCAGAUGACAUUCUGAUCAUCAAGAGACUCACGGAACGCAUAUUACUAACGUCAGAUCAGAAUCUUCAUUAUCAAAUUAUCAAAUUACAUGGGUACAGAUGCUUCAGCAAGCUUUUAGCGACCUUCUGUGACGAGCCCAAUUUCCAAUUAGAGAUUUUGCAGUACCUUGAUUGUCUUCCUAAGACCACCAAAAAUGGUAUUCUAUUGUCGCAAAUCGAUAAGAAAGUUGAGGAGCUGCGGUCUCAACCGGAGCUUCAACAGGUUUGUGACACUCUAUUGGAAAAGUGGAGCACAUACGAGACCUACAAGCGCAUCAGCAAGAAAGAUGUAUCAGAGAACAUCUCAAAAACGAAAACGGACCUCCGAAGAAUUAGACUACCUCCAGGCUGGGAGCUAAUUCAUGAAAAUGGGAAGCCUGUAUACUACAACGCCCAACAACAGACCAAGCUGCAUCAACCGCCCAACGGAGUGAGCAAAACGUUCAGCGGUGGGCGCGCACCGAGCCGAAAUGCCACCCCAGAGGUGCCAGCCAACGGCUUCAAUGGCAAGAAAAAACGUGUUUUCGAUACUGAGGAAUACGAAAAGAAGAAGAAGCAAAGGAUGGAAUAUCAACAAAAAGAGAUAGAAAGGCUCAAAAGUGAGGAAACGAGGCAGUUGAAAUUGAAAUUGGAGCUGGAAGAUCGAAAGAAAACUGAACUCGAGAGAAUAAUUGCCGAAGCCAAUGAACAAAAAGAGCAAGAGAAACUCGAGAAAAGGAAAAGAGAAGAAGAAGAGCAGCAGAAAAAGCAGAGAAGGAUGCAACAGUCCAAAGGAGAGUACAUGAUGCACAAAUGGAAUAAAUUUUUUGCUUCUAUAGUGCCCAACAUGGUGCGUCACUACGAGAAGGAUCUAGGGAAAGAACAUAUUAAAGAGUGCUCUCGCGACAUUGCUAAGAUUUUGUCCAGUAAGGAAGUUAAAAAGGAUUCCAAGCGGGGUCCUCCUGAGGAAAUGAGUAAAGAAAAGCGGGUCAAGGUGCGAGAAUUUACCAAGGCUUACAUGGAGAAGUUUUCCGAGCGUUACUCGCGGCGGAAAGUGCCACAAACAUGA